UUGGACCUGUUGUGUGGUCACUUCAGGAGCGAGUGUGUGUGCGUGUCAGCUGUUCAGUAGAGAGCGAGUGUGUGUGUCAGUAGCGAUUGUGUGUAUGUGUGUGUCCAGUAGCAGGUGUGUGCACGUCAGUUAUCCGGUAGGUAGUGUGUGUGUGUAUGUGUGUGUUUGUGUGCGUAUGUCAGUCUUUUAGUAUAGAGUGUGUGUGUAUGAGAGCACCUCGGUUGUCCGGUGAGACAGUGGGAGCAUGGCGACACACACACACACACACACCCUCUCUCUCCUCCUGACUCUGGCGGUCUCUCUGGCUCUAUUGGGAGCUGCUGUUCUUACCAGACGCCCAGAUCCUCCCCAAGACACGGCCUCUCCACAUUCAGAGGAGGUGAAAUAUGCCUUGGGCAGCAGCACAGCCGGUUCAGGCCUCCAGAGGCAGCGGCGAGCGGCAGCUGCAGUGGUCUCAGACGUGUCUCACUUGGAGCUCCUGGUGGUGGUGGGAGCAGACGUGCAACAGAUACACCGACAGGACACCGAGAGAUACAUACUGACCAACCUGAACAUAGCGUCGGAGCUGCUGAGAGAUGCUACUCUGGGUGCUAAUUUCCGUGUCCACCUGGUGCGCAUGAUCAUCCUCACCGAGCCAGAGCCGGAGAUCGUGAUGUCGUCCAACAUCUCUGCGAGUUUGAGGAGUGUGUGUCAAUGGGGCCAGAAGAUCAACCCGGCCAACGACUCCGACCCUCUACAUGCCGACCUCCUGCUAUACGUCACGCGGUACGACUUGGUGCUGCCCAAUGGGAAUAAGCUGGUUAGGGGCGUGACCCAACUGGGCGGGGCCUGUUCUAGCCAAUGGAGUUGCGUCAUUACGGAAGACACAGGAUUUGACCUGGGAAUCACCAUCGCACACGAGAUUGGGCACAGUUUCGGUAUCAACCACGACGGCGUGGGUAACAGCUGCAGUGGCGGAGGCUUCAUGAUGGCGUCAGAUGGGGGAUACAACAGCAUAGACCUCACCUGGUCACAAUGCAGCAGAACACAGCUACACGCCUUCUACAGUGCCGGGAAGGCGGGCUGUGUGUCAGACUUGCCUGUGAUUGGUGGAUCAGCGCUACAGGACUGGAAGCCCGGCCUAUACUACGGCGUCGAUGACCAGUGCAGGAUCGCCUUCGGGAGCCAGGCCAGAGCUUGCACAUUCACUAGCAACGACAUGGAGGCGUGUAGAGUGUUGUCAUGUCACGUUGCUCCCGGAGACCAGAGCUCCUGUAAACGCCUACUGGUGCCCCUACUGGACGGAACGGAGUGCGCACCUGACCAGUGGUGCCUGAAGGGGCGCUGUGUAUCCCCAGACAGUGUGGGCGCGGCCAUGGUGGUGCAUGGGGCGUGGUCUAGCUGGAGUCCCGCCUCUCUCUGCUCUCGCACCUGUGGGGGAGGGGUCACACACAGGAGACGCAGCUGCAACAACCCCAGGCCUGCGUUUGGAGGAAGGGAUUGUGAGGGGGUGGACAUUGAGGCUGAACUUUGCAAUCAACAGUCGUGUGUGUCCACCCAGCUGGACUUCAUGGCUCAGCAGUGUUCCCAAACGGACGCCCAGGCCCUGCACAUACCCCCAGGAGACCCCGUACACCACACAUGGCUGCCUGCAGUGGACCACGCCACAGGUGAUCUGCAGUGUCGUCUCAUGUGUGUGUCUGCGGACGAGAGCUUCAUGGUCAGUCGGGGGUUAAAGUUCGUGGACGGCACGCGCUGCCAACCAGACCAGCCGACGCCACCGGGAACCAUAGCAACAUGCCUGGGGGGGCACUGCCAGGAGUUUGGCUGUGAUGGAGUGUUGCAUUCUGGGAAGGUGUUGGAUGUGUGUGGGGUGUGUGGGGGAGACUCCUCCUCAUGUGUCAUCACAACAAACACUUACAGCGGAGGGAACGCAGGAGAGUAUGUCACCUUCCUGACGCUGCCAGUCAAUGCCACUCAAGUCCGCAUCGUCAACACCAAGCCAGUAUUCACACACAUGGCGGUGUUGCAGGGUGAUGGCUACAUCGUAGCUGGUCAGGGUUCCAUAUCCCUGAACGUGACGCACCCCUCCCCCCUGGAGGACGAUCACGUGACCUUUCACCUCUACUUGACCCCUGACCUGCUGCCCAGCACUGAGGAGAUCACACUACAGGGACCACUACAGCACGACACACACAUACAGGUGUUUCGUAGGUAUGGUAAAGAAUAUGGUGAACAGACAGACCCCGAAAUCAGCUACCAGUACUACACUCCUAUCACCACCGGGGGCAGCAGAGACGUCUACAGCUGGACCAACACCACUGGACCCUGCUCUGUCACCUGUGGAACAGGCGUCCAGCAGGUAGAGUGGUUGUGUGUGGAUGUGGCCACUGGAGGGCGCCGUGACGAGUCUCUCUGUGGAGACGACAGCAGAACGCAACAGCAACACACACACUGCAGCAUGCCAGCCUGCCCGCCCAGCUGGGAGGUGGGUGAGUUUGGUGCCUGCAGCGCCUCGUGUGGCGGGGGGGAGAAGGUGCGGGAGGUCAGCUGUGUCCAGAGUCUCGGAGGAGGACAGGUGAUCCAGGUGGCCCCGCCCCUCUGCCCACCUGACGCCCGACCACACACACACACACCCUGCGGAACACAGCCCUGCCCUGCCAGGUGGCGUGUGUCCGAGCCCGGUGUGUGUUCUGCCGUGUGUGGGCCGGGUGUGGCCCAGCGUAACGUCACCUGUGUGAGAGAACAGCAGGGGGAGGAGCUAGAGGCGGGGCCUAAUGACUGUCCUAAACCACGCCCCCCUGACACGCUGCCCUGCGUGGUGGACGUGUGUCCAAUCGGAUGGGAGGACAUGGCCAAGGCUCAUCCGGAGGUUCUGGUCCAGCGUUCUAGACCCGCCCAUGUGUACGUGUGGAGCCCUAUGGUUGGCCAAUGCUCUAGAAGCUGCGGCAACGGUUCCCAGCAGGUGUGGUAUACGUGUGUAGAUCAUCAGUCUCGGUUCGGAGUGUCGGAGUCUCACUGUGAAGCCUCCAGCAAACCCCAACCACACACCACCACCUGCAACACACACCACUGCCCACCUGUGUGGCGUUAUGUGGAGGGUGUGUGUAGCGUGUCGUGUGGGGGCGGAGUGGCGCGGAGGGUGCUGUACUGCUCCAGACCUGUAGGGGGAGCCAAGCGAGAAGGAGAAGGAGGACCAGAAGCAGAAGCAGAAGCAGAGGGAGAAGGAGAAGGAGAAGGAGAGGGAGAGGAGAUGUUGAGCGAUACUCACUGCCUGGCCGUACCCAGACCUCUGGACACAGUGGAGUGUAACACACAGCCCUGCCCUGCCAUCUGGUCCAUAGCGAGUGUUUCCCCCUGCUCUGUCACCUGUGGAGUGGGCGUGUCCGAGCGGAGAGCCGUGUGUGUGCAGUACCAAAAGGGGCGUGUCCUGAGCGUACCUGAGGACAGGUGUAGUCACGCCAGGGAGCCAAUCAGAAUCGUCCCCUGUAGACUACAACCCUGCACAUUCACAUGGGACUCACGCCAGUGGAGCAAGUGUUCAUCUCCGUGUGGGUAUGGGGUCCAGUCCCGGGCCGUGUUCUGUAGAGGUCCUGCGCAGCCCGACCCGGUGAGCCCCCUACUGUGCAUGACGCUGCCUAAACCAAUCACCAUCCAGACCUGUUACGCGGGGGAGUGCGGGGCGCCCACGCACACACACACACACACUCGCACAGAGGACACACACACACGCACACAGGACACACACACACCAGGCAAAGAGGAGGAGGAGAUGAGGACCACACAGAUGCCAUUGGCCAGGAGGGUCGUGACAUCAUCAAGAGGCGACAGACAAGGGGAAGUGACGUCAUCAACAGCAGCCCCCAAACACACACCUGUCACCAUGGCAACAGCAGCACCAACCAUUCCCUCUCAGACCAGUGUGUGUGGUCAGCUCCUGCUGCAGCCGUCUGGAACUAUCGACCUGCGGAACGUGACCCAGAGGAGAUGCCGCGUCGCGAUUGGUCGACCACUUGAUGAGGUCAUCACUGUCAGGUUCGAAGCCAGCACUCUGGACUGCAGGGCUAGGGAGUACGUGGCGUUCUAUGACAGGCUGAUCCUGAUCCGUAAAUGCGAGCGUCUGAUUGGCUCGGAGCUGAAGUCGCGUACCAACGUCCUAUUGGUCCGUCAGGGGCGAGUAACCCCCGGCAACGGAAUCCUGCUGACCUACACCAGCAGCAAGAACCCCAAGAGCAGCCGCACACAAGAGUGUGACGUGCAGCUGUUCGCUGCAUCUGGAGAGCUGGAGAACCCGACAAAGAGGAAGAACAGCGGCCUCUCUGGCGACUCUGGGAAUAGCAGCCCCCCUGAUGACAAUGGCGCCCCCUCUGGUAGCGCUGAGGCUUGCAGGGUGUUCAUCAACGCUCCGCCGUCAAUGCAGAUACGAAUACAAGCCCUCGGCAUGCUCAACAGCACUGUUGCACACACAUACGUACUGGUGCGUGACGUGGACACUCUCCAGACUAGUGUGUAUUCCGGUCAUCAGCUGUUCUUGUGGAGUUCCGUCGGCAGCCGAGCGGAAUUGGAGUUCCAUGGAGACUACACACACCAGGAGGGGACAUUUAGAGCCCAGUAUACAUUUAUAUAGCACACACACACACACACACACACACACACACACACACACACCAGGAGGGCACAUUUAGAGCCCAGUAUACAUUUAUAUAGCACACACACACACACACACACACACACACACACACACACACACACCAGGAGGGCACAUUUAGAGCACAGUACACAUUUAUAUAGCACACACACACACACACACACACACACACACACACACACACACCAGGAGGGCACAUUUAGAGCCCAGUAUACAUUUAUAUAGCACACACACACACACACACACACACACACACACACACACACACCAGGAGGGCACAUUUAGAGCACAGUACACAUUUAUAUAGCACACACACACACACACACACACACACACACACACACACACACACACACACACCAGGAGGGCACAUUUAGAGCACAGUACACAUUUAUAUAGCACACACACACACACACACACACACACACACACACACACACACACACACACACACACACACACACACCAGGAGGGGACAUUUAGAGCACAGUACACAUUUAUAUAACACACACACACACACACACACACACACACACACACACACACACACACACACACACACACACACACACACACACACACCAGGAGGGGACAUUUAGAGCACAGUACACAUUUAUAUAACACACACACACACACACACACACACACACACCAGGAGGGGACAUUUAGAGCACAGUACACAUUUAUAUAGCACACACACACACACACACACACACACACACACACACCACACACCAGGAGGGCACAUUUAGAGCACAGUACACAUUUAUAUAGCACACACACACACACACACACACACACACACACACACACACACACACACACACACACACACACACACACACACACACACACACACACCAGGAGGGGACAUUUAGAGCCCAGUACACCUUCAUAUAACACACACACACACACACACACACACACACACACACACACACACACACACACACACACACACCAGGAGGGCACAUUUAGAGCACAGUACACAUUUAUAUAGCGCACACACACACACACACACACACACACACACACACACACACACACACACACACACACACACACACACACACACACACACACACACCAGGAGGGCACAUUUAGAGCCCAGUACACAUUUAUAUAGCACACACACACACACACACACACACACACACACACACACACACACACACACACACCAGGAGGGCACAUUUAGAGCCCAGUACACAUUUAUAUAGCACACACACACACACACACACACACACACACACACACACACACACA